UUCGCUCUCGCCUGCUGCAGGAGCCGUGAACCAGCACCAUGUGUGACGACGAGGAGGUCACCGCUUUGGUGUGUGACAACGGCUCUGGUUUGGUGAAGGCUGGCUUUGCCGGUGACGAUGCGCCACGUGCUGUCUUUCCCUCCAUUGUUGGACGCCCAAGGCACCAGGGCGUCAUGGUGGGCAUGGGUCAGAAGGACUCCUAUGUGGGAGACGAAGCUCAAAGCAAGAGGGGCAUCCUGACCCUGAAAUACCCCAUCGAGCAUGGAAUCAUCACCAACUGGGACGAUAUGGAGAAGAUCUGGCACCACACCUUCUAUAACGAACUGCGCGUGGCCCCCGAGGAGCACCCUACGUUGUUGACCGAGGCCCCCCUCAACCCCAAAGCCAACCGGGAAAAGAUGACUCAGAUCAUGUUUGAGACCUUCAAUGUGCCCGCGAUGUAUGUGGCCAUCCAGGCUGUGCUGUCUCUCUAUGCCUCUGGCCGUACCACCGGCAUCGUGUUGGAUUCUGGAGAUGGCGUCACUCAUAAUGUGCCCAUCUAUGAAGGCUACGCCUUGCCUCACGCCAUCCAGCGCUUGGAUCUGGCAGGGCGUGACUUGACUGACUACCUGAUGAAGAUCCUAACUGAACGCGGCUACUCCUUCGUCACCACGGCUGAGCGGGAGAUUGUGCGUGACAUCAAGGAGAAGCUGGGCUACGUGGCUCUGGAUUUCGAGAAUGAGAUGGCCACAGCGGCUUCCUCCUCUUCCCUGGAGAAGAGCUACGAGCUCCCCGAUGGUCAAGUCAUCACCAUUGGCAACGAGCGUUUCCGGUGCCCUGAGACUCUCUUCCAGCCUUCUUUCAUUGGCAUGGAAUCUGCUGGCAUCCAUGAGACCACUUACAACUCCAUCAUGAAAUGCGACAUCGACAUCCGCAAGGACUUAUAUGCUAACAAUGUCCUCUCCGGGGGCACCACCAUGUACCCUGGCAUUGCUGAUAGGAUGCAAAAGGAAAUCACAGCCUUGGCCCCCAGUACCAUGAAGAUCAAGAUCAUUGCUCCUCCUGAACGGAAAUACUCUGUGUGGAUUGGUGGCUCCAUCUUGGCUUCUCUUUCCACUUUCCAACAAAUGUGGAUCAGCAAGCAAGAAUACGAUGAAGCGGGGCCUUCUAUUGUCCACAGGAAGUGCUUCUAAACAUCCCCCCCCACUCCCACUCCCACCCCUUUCCUUUCUUCUAAUUUCAUGCUCCCAAAGUCCUCCUCCCAUCAAUUUCAUGGAGGUAACAAGUCCCUCCUCCACCACCUCCACGGGUGUAAAGCCACCAUCAAAGAUGACACAAACAUAAAACAAGAUCUGCAAAGAUUGUUUUCUCGACGGUGAAGCAGUAAUGUAACACAUCAUGCUUGAACCUUGUAAAAAGUUCCAUUUUUUUGUGUUAAUAAAAUGCAAUUUUUUAAAAAAAAUUGUUAAAAAUGAUCUGUCCUUUCCUCUCACAAAGCCUUAAAAUAAAAUGUUUUACAGUG